AUGAUUACCAAGAGUGAUAUCAACAAUAAUAACAACAGUAUUAAUACUGGGAAUAACAAUAACAAUAACAAUAAUUUGACUAAUUUAAAAUCAAACUCAUCGUCAUCAUUAAUGAGUGAUAAAGCAAGACAACAAAACUAUUAUCCAAGUCAAAAGCAAAGUCAAAAGCAAAAGGCAAGAAUGAAACAAAAACCUUCUGGUGCUUCAUCAUCGGCCUCCUCUUUACCAUUACCUGAUUAUGAUGGUGGUUUUGAUUAUAAUGAUGAUUUUGCUAAACUGAUUGAUAGUCAAAUCAAACAACAAUCUCUGAGAGGUAGAGGUAAAAAGAUUUCCAUUGAUCAUUUGUUUUCCUAUGAAUCAUAUCGUGAUCUGGAACAAUUUCAUAAUAGUCAUCAUAAUAAUAAUAUCAAUAAUCAUAAGAAUAGUAGAAGAGGUAGUGGAACCAAAUCAAGAAAAGAUAUCAUUAACAAAGUUCCCUUAAAAGGGAUGACUUUCAUUAAUGUUAAUUAUAAAUUCGUGGUUGAUUAUACUCAAGAUUAUAAUACUCAAGCAUUAGAUCCUAAUAUUCCUGUUAAUGUUAAAGAUAUUAUUCGUAUUAUAGUUCCUCAAGGUAAUUCAUGUCCAAUUUGUCUUUCCGAUGAAAUCAUUGCUCCAAGAAUGCUUUCUUCUUGUGGUCAUAUUGUAUGUUUAAAAUGUCUUUUAUCAUUAUUAGAUAGUGAAGUUCCUGAAGCUAAAAAGAAACAAUCCCUGGCUAUAGUUGAAAAAUAUAAAGAAUGUCCAUUAUGUUCAUCAAUUAUUCGUCAAGAACAAAUAAAACCAGUGUUAAUCAGUAACAUUGAUGGAAGGUUUGAAACUCCAAAGAUUCAUAAUGAAGUGGUGUUAACUUUAAUGUCAAGACCUUCAAAUAGAUUGAUACCUUUACCAAAGAAUUUACAACAAUAUCAUGAAAUUAUUGGUAAUUUCCCCUGGAUUAAUAAUGAUUCAGAUAUUGAAUGUAAUAAAUAUGGUAGAAUCUUUAAAGGAAAUUUCCAAUAUUUAUUAGAUAUAUUUGAAUCUGAAAAAGUUCAAAUUCAUUUCAAUUAUGAAGAAGAAAAAUCGUUAUAUAAUGAAAGUUAUAAGUAUGUCCAAAUGUCAUUGGAUAACAUCGAUAAGGAUAUUGAAAAGUGGUCGAAUUAUUUUAAAGAUACCUCAUCAACUCCUUCUCCUUCUAUUAAUAAUAAUGACAAUAGUACCGAUGUCAGACGGUUUUACUACUAUCAAACUGGAUUCGAUACUAAUGCAACAUAUGUAUUAUCACCUUUGGAUAUUAAAGUUCUUAAAGCAUGUUAUGAUGAUAAUUAUGAGAAUUUACCUUCCAGUAUCGUGGGUAAGAUUGAAAAUAUUAAAUUUGAAGAAUUAACUGAAGAAACAUCAAUUUCAAAAUAUAAAUAUUUAUCACAUUUACCAAUUGGAACUCAAUUAGGAUUUUUAGAAUGUGAUUGGAGGGGGAAAUUAUCAGAAUCAGCAUGGUUAACUUAUAAAGAUGAAUUAAAUAGAAGAAGUCAUUUAUCAAAUAAGAAAUUCAAGAGAGAAGAACGAAAUAAACGAAGAGCUAUAAAUCAAGAAGAAAUUAAAAAUCGGAAUUUCUUCAUCACUGAAAAUUCCACUUCCCCAAAUCAUAGUCAUAAUGAAGAUCUUGAUUAUGGGAUUGGAAGUUUAUCUAUCAAUGAUAAUCGUCGGAAUAUCUAUUUACCAGUAUUGGAACAUGAAAGUAAUAGUGAGGCCGGUGGUGAUGAUGAAUUUGAAGAUCAUAAUGAUGAUUCUAUAAGUAAUGGAUCACCAAAUUUGACCGCUGCUACUACAACUAUGGCUGAUACUAAUGAUAAUACCCAAUAUGAAACCACGGUAUGGGGGACAAAAAUACCAAAACGGAAUGAUAAUAAUGAUACAAGUAAUGAAUAUGAUGGAGAUUAUGAUGGAUAUGAAGAUGAUGGAUGGGAUGCUGAAGAAAUGAUACGAAAAGCUAGAGAAGAAAUGCAAAGACAAGAAGAAUUAGAAUCACAAGCAGGAUCUAAUAAACUGAAAAAGAAGAAGAAGAAGAAGUUAAUUCUCUUAUCUUCUAACAGUGCAUGGUGA